AUGGGCGAGGGUGUCGCACUGUCAGGCUGGACCAAUGAGAGCGUGGUGUGGACCAGCGAGCAGCUGCCCUUCGUGGCAACAUACAACGAUGCGCACGGCCGCCUGGCGGUCUGGCGGCUGGACCCGGCCCCUGCGGGGGCGCCGCUGCUGGUUGGCAGCCAGCACGAGCUGCCGGUCGUCAGCCCCGCGGGCCUCGGGCACCCGCGGACGCCGGCCACCGGCAGCCUGGCACCGGCGUUUGCUUACGGGGCGCGCACGCCCAUGUCGGCCAGCAGCUUUGCGGGGACAUCCUAUGCGCCCUCCACCAUCAAAAGGUCCAGCGUCCGCACACCCAAUGGGUACCUCUCUCCGGACGUCUUCAACCCCGCGCCCCGUGGCGGCGCCGCCGCCACACCGCUCGCGCACGCCGCUCCCGCCGCCACGACGCGCGCGGCCGCGGCACUGCUGCUGCCGGGGCCUGACCCGGGCGCGAUCUUCAAGCUCGUUCUGAGGCACGAGUUGCCGCUGGCAGGGCCGCCCCCGAGCGGCGGGCAUCUGGCGACGGACGGCGAAGGCGCGCCGCUGCUGGCGGUCGUGUGCACGGACACCGCCACCCUCUUGGCGUUCCGCCUGCCUUUCAGCAACGCGCCCAGAGAGCCGCCAUCCCCGGCGGCCUUCGCCUUCGCGCUGCCCGCCCUGGCCGCCGCCGCGCUGGACGCCACGGGCAUGCGCUGCAGCGCCAGCUUCUGCGACCGCCUCAUUGACCUCCUCGUGCUGCAGCCCUCGCGCCAGCUGGUGCUCUACCGCGGCGCCUGGCCGCUCGCAACCUUUGGGCUACAAGGCGUUCCCAGGGCGCCCGCGGGCGCCGGCGCGGCGCGGCCGGGGGCGGCCGCGGGGCUCGCGGACGGGAUGGGGGCGUCAGACGCCAGGUGCGCCGGCAUGGACGUCGAUUCUGCGUUGUUUGAGAGCCGCGGGGCUGGGCCCGGCCGCGACCAGGGGCAGCACGACGGGCGGGAUUCUGCAGCGCAAGCGCCCUGCGGCCUGGAGCGCGCCGCGGGCGCCGACGUCGACGUGGUGGUCGAAGGCGGCGUGCGCGCACGCGCGCGCCUGCGGCUGCGGUGGCUGGACAGCCUACCCAGCCUCGCGCUUGCGGCGCUGCGCGAGGUGUUGCCGGCGCGGCGCUACCACGCGCUGCUGGCGCGGUGCCUGCUGCGGCCCGGCGCGUGCUGCGGGGACCUGCGGCGCGAGUGGGCAGCGGUGGAGGGCGUACUGCUGGCGUGGGCGCGGGACGCGCGCCACCUCGACGGCCAUGAGCCGCCAGAGGAGCCGGCGCGGCCGCAGGACCCGGGGCCGCGUGGCGUUGCCACGCCGUCCGCUCCCGGCGUGACGCGGCGCCAGCCGCCGCUGCAGCAGCAGCAGCAGCAGCAGCAGGCCCCGAGCCAGGCGCCCACUCCAGAUUUCUCCUUCCCGCCCGACCCCGCUCUGAUGGCCAGCCCUGGCAGCGCUGACAUGGACCUGGCUACCCCCGAAUCGACGCUGCGUGGGGCGCGGACGCCGUCGGCAUGGCGGGCGCCGGCGGCUGCGGCGAGCGCGUCGACGCCUCACAGCCUGAGCAGGGCCGGCAGGAUGGCCGCCGCGGCCGCACGGCAGGGCCAGGCACAGCAGCAGCAGCAGCAGCAGCAGCAGCAGCAGCAGCAGCAGCAGCAGCAGCAGCAGCAGCAAGCAAGGCCACUCAUUUGUAUUGACCAGCAACAGCAGCAGCAACAGCAGGAUGACGAGCGAGCGGGUGAUGAUGACUACGAUGACGACGAGGACAUGGACAUGGCCACACCAAUGACUGACGCGGCUAUCCGCGGGAGCCACAGGCGCAAGCAGGCAGCCGCGGGUGGCAGGGGCUGA